AUGGGUAAUCAUACAUUAAAGAAUAUCCAAUUUGUGGAAAACAGAUUAUUGGGAAUUUGGGGUGCUCCCUCAAUGGUUUAUAUGGAAUUGGCUGGCUAUGCAAAGUUGUUUGAUAUGGUUUCAGAGAGACAAUCAGUAAAUGGAAAUGAAAUCAAUCAAAUGUGGUCACAUGUUAUCAAUUUAUCAACCAAUGAUAUGCCACUCAAACCACUUUCAAAGAUUGAAGAAUUCUUUUGUGAUCAUUUUAAUACAACAUAUAUGUGCAAAGGGAGAUAUCUUGAUAAUGAAAGAUUUAAUGGAUAUUAUAUGGAAUUUGUAAAAGGAGAUUAUUGGAGUAAAGUUGGUGAUGGUACAUAUAAUUCCUAUGACUGUGGAAAACCAGGAAAUUUAAAAUAUUUUUCACCGGUGAGCAUUGGAACACAAUGGCACAUGUUAACAUCUGGAUUUGCUCAUCAUCUCAUUUCAGACAUCAAAUCUCUUGAAACACUCAUGUCACUAAAGUUCUCUUAUAUUCCAGAUGAAUCAUUUUAUCAAGCUGCUUGGAGAACCUAUUCACAAGACGAUUUUGAAUCAAACUAUCACAGAGAUACCAUGUGGGACAAGGUAACAACAAGUCAACAUAGCAGAUACAGUGUAGAUCUUGAAGACUUGGAUACUAUACCAAAACAUUUAAUGUUUAUCAGAAAAGUAUACACCAAUCAAGUAAAAGAAGCAAUCAUUUCCAAGUUUCUAACCGUCUAA